AUGCCAGCAUGCCCACGAGUCGUUUUUUGCGCUAAAUUCCGGGGGCUCGGGCGUGUCAAAGCUUCCGAUUCACCCGAAUCGGCGAUCGAAAAGGCUCCGCGAGAAGGCAACAAGACUGGAGCCCGGAAGAGAGGGGUGAGUGGCGCAGCGUUUCACCCCUCUUUCGCCUUGGCGCCGACUGGAUCGAAAUGUGGUGGAUAUGACGACCGAUUCGAAGGCGAGAUCAAGAUGUAUUCUGGCAAGCGCCCGGUCGUCUUCCAUUCCUCUUAUGAUGCUGCCAACCACCGAACCGAUGCUCGCUUCGAUAACCGUGCUGUGCUGAUCGAUUUUUCGAUCUUUGCUGACGCCAACCUAUCUGAAACCUGGAUCGGGGAGCAGACGGUAGAGGAUGCAGAGGGGCAUGAGAUCGCUGUGCAUGGAAAGAAGACUGACGCUCGUCCUGCCCUUUCUGCCGGAAAAUACACAGGACGUGAUGGAGCCGGUAUCCACCUUGCCUCAAUUCCAGCAACAAAAGUACAAGCACAGACCUACUGGAUCUUCCAUCUUUUCGACAUGCACGAACCUAUCUACAGACGUCAGAUCGAGUCUUUUGUCACUGAAGACGGGGCUUUUCAGCUAGAGAAGGCGCACGAGAUCACUCAGCCCGAGCCCGUCUUCGCCCGGGUCCACAAGAUGGAGAUUCCUCAGCCUCAACCGCUCCCCGUUUCGCACCCUAUUAUCCCCUUUCAGCCAGGAGUAGAAUGGUGUCCCGACCUGGUCCCCACCCGGUACUCUUCCUCGCCUGAGACCAUUCAUGGCCCGGUUACGCCUCAGGACACCCCUCCCAUGCACAGGGCCACCGUCGUCCCUCGUAUUGCGGGGACAGAGAUGGUUCACGUACCCUAUGACUUCACUUGUCUUCCGGUGCCGAUCCCGAUGAUCAUGUCGGGCAAGAAAGGGUACAAAGGCCCCGCUCCGCCUUUGGAAGCGAUGAUCGUUGUAGACCUGGGUUCUGUCAAGUUGACGGACGAGCUCAUCGGAUGGGGUUAUCAAGGAGGCCAACGGUUCUGGAGUACAUUGACCGAGUACAUCAAAGAGAUCGAACAUACCUACCAAGGACCUCAAAGCGUGCCGACCAAGUUCCACCUCCGACUGUGUGGCAAGAAGGAUUACAAAUUUUACGACAAUUACGACUUCAGGUUCGGGCUCGUCAAUGACUUCCUUCGUGGCCUCAAGGUGGCCGCUGGGAUGACUGACGCGGAUCAUCUCGUCCUGCCUACCAUUGAAGAUAUCAGUCGUUGCAUGAUCGAUCGUAUCCGUCCCAUCGAUCGCGUCUACCUCGCCAAGUCAGCCGUGGUUCCGCUCCCUUUCUUCUCGUACCACACUCCGACCGUCCUCCUGGCGACCUUCAUGGACGAGUGUUACUACGAAGGUAAUCCGGCGAUCAACCAUGGCCUCGCCGUCUUGAGCGUCGAGAGGUGGAUGUCGGCGCUUGAUCCGAGAUACUCAGCCCCGGUGUCCAUGUCCCUGCCUGCGCCUCAGAAGGCCCUGCCGAUCACAGGCGAGUCUGCGCCCUUCCCGAUCGGAGACUAA